AGCUGCCCAGGUUCCGUUCUGAAAUUGGGAAAAGUCAGACGGCGUUUUGAGGACAUCCGAAACAGAGCAUCAGAGAUUAAACUAGUGAGCAGCGAGUGUGAUUGAAGCUAUUCUACCUACCUCCAGAGACCCUGCCCCCCUGCAGUCGCCAUGAGAACCACCUGCCUCUUCCUGCUCUCUUUGCCGGCCCUAAUCCUAGCCCAGCAGUACGAUGUGGGUGAAGAAGAUUUCUACCCAAGCCCAUCGCAGUACGGACCAUAUAUUCCACUGGCGGAAGAGUAUGACUAUUCAGAGCAAAGCCAAACAGAACUGGAGGCACAGCAGAGCCAGCUCACUCCCCAGGAGCAGCAGCAGCAGCAGCACACCUUCCCCGUCGUGGAUGACCUGCCUGAGACAGAGCCGACAGAGCCUGGACCCCUGGAUUGUAGAGAGGAGCAGUACCCAUGCACUAGACUGUACUCUGUCCACAAGCCUUGCCAGCAGUGCCUCAAGAGUCUGUGCUUCUACAGCCUGCGAAGAGUCUACGUAGUGAACAAGGAGGUGUGUGUGCGCACGGUCUGUGCUCAUGAUGAGCUGCUCCGAGCUGACCUGUGUCGUGAUCAGUACUCUAAGUGUGGAGUGAUGGCUCACACCGGCCUGUGUGGGACCAUGGGGACCUCUUGCGCUAAGAGCUGCGGCGGCUGCUAGACAAGAACAUCAAACUCCGCCCACUUUACCAAGACCACGCACUAACCCAUCCCACUGUGUCAACUCCUCCCACACCUGUGAAACCCUCAUCUGCCUGUAACUCCACCCACAGCCCCUCCCAUCACAUAGGAACUCCACCCCUAGCCCCUCCUCCACCAUGCUUGCCAAAAAACACAUACUGCCACUGGGCAGUUUUGGGGGAAACGGCUUUUAUAAAAAAUAUCUAUAUUAAAUAACUGUAUGACUUCAAUGGUGCUAAAAUAACGGUACAUACAAGUACGAUUUUUCACAUGCACGAUGGUUUUGUUUUUUAGUUUUGUAUUAUAACUUUUUGAUAACUUCCUGAGCUGAGAGUGCACCUCUCCAUUUGGUACGAAAGCAGUUUUUAAUUGUUUUUAACAUUUCUGUUUAGGGUUUUUUGGUGGGACUUUUUGUUGUUCUAUUGCUUUGUGAAUUAUUUUAUUUUAUUACAAAAAAAAACCUUCAAGGAACUGAGAAUUCAUUUACCAAAGGUUCUGCUUUUAUUUAAAAAUGUGGCUAAGCCCAGCGCACCUCCCCUUUUAAGGUGAUGUUGUUUUCCUUUUUUUUUUUUUUGUAAUUCACUGCAUUGAUGUGUCUCUUAAGGGAACAGCAGAGCCAGCGUUACACAGCAGUUAGCUUCUCUGUGCUUGUAAGGUAAAAGCACGCUUGUUCAAAACUCUAACAUCCACACUGAUGUUGGCAAUCUAUUUCUUUCCCUGCUUUAUUUCUAGUGUAGCAGGACAGUACUGUCCGGUGUGCCAUCUCUUAUGAAGAGUUUGCUUAUUCAAGGUACUGUGCUGUACUUGCCUGCACUGCUGCCUCUGUUCCACACCCUGGUGCUGGGUUAUUGGUGCUCUUCUGUGUUCAAUGUAGAGGAAUAAUGUGAGUUGCAUGGACUGGGGCUUUAGUAUAAUACACCUGUGCACAGUCCUGAUUAUUGCUAUAUUACCACAGGUACAAAUCUCAUGAGAUGUCUGUUCUUUUAUGCUCAGAGUGGACUGUAAUAUAAAAUUGUAUUGGUACACAUGCUUUGUCAGAUCCAUCUUACAAGACCCGCUUAUCCUAAGAACACUACAAUGUACUGUAUGCUUCUCAUAGCGAUGCAUUUUGCUGAAACGGUGCUGUGCUUUGUACUUAUACACAUACAUACAUAUAUAUACAUAUAUAUAUACACACACACACACACACACUUUUGUGAGCUGUACUGUGUUUCCUGCAUCUUGCACACAUGUUUUGCACUGUUCCACAGAUAGACAGCACUGGUGUAUUAUACACGUUGGGGUU